CUAUACCAAAUGACCGCUGUACCGAACAUUUAGCGUGGACCCCGUCGUGUUCGUUAUAGCGGUGUUCCACUGUACUUACAAUUUUAAACGUGGCGGCCAGACUUUAAGAGUGCGUUCAAGCGAGCUACUCGUGCUAACACGAAUAUACUCCUGAGCGUUCGAAUGGCUGGAGUAUGACCCGUGGGUUGGGGGUCGUCACAAGGAAGGCCUUCGAUGAUGUGUUGGGACAUCUCUACAGAUAUGAAGAUGUUCAGAAUGCAAUGGAAGAACUUGAUGACUUAGAGAGUGAUUGGAAUGCUUUCCUCAAGAACACUGAAUCCAAGCUGACCAAGGACAAAGCCCAGUCUACUUUGUCCGUUGGCUCUCCAGGACCAUGUGACAUUGAGCUUAAAGAUGCAAGAACAGGCAGACCGAGUACAAUCAGGAAUUACUUAGCUGAAGGGCACGUCAUUGUGGUCUUGCUGCGCCACUUUGCCUGACUACCGUGACGCGACCACGUGGCCCAGCUCCAGCAGCAUGCCACCGAGGUUGCUCGCUGGGGAGGCCACAUCCUGGUGGUCUCAUUUGGCUCACAGGAGGGCGCUUUACAGUGGCUAGGGAUAACGGGCUGCCAAUUUGACAUGGUUGUGGACGAGGAUCGCAAGAUCUACUCUGCCAUGGGUCUUGGCCGCUCCAUAUCCAAAGUGUGGAACACAGGGACCAUAACGUACUACGCAGAAAUGAAAGCAUCUGGUAGGAUACUUCCCUCCAAGUUGGAGAAUGUGGAGGACGACCCACACCAGAUGGGUGGAGAUCUUGUCAUAGAUUGCCAUGGCAACACUAUUUUCAUACACUGCAGUAAAAUGCCUCCAGAUAGGCCGUCCGUUGAUGAUUUAAUCCAAGUGUUAAAGGGAGAAAACGCUCACAUUAUAUUCCACAAGCAGACCACGGGAAGAUGUUUUGCGAAGAAAUGAUCUGUAGAUGAUCUAACCUCAGACUGUUCUGUUUCC